CCGAAACCUGAAUCCACUCCGUCUCUCUUGCAACCCCUCCUCUGCUCGGGCCGCCUGCCGAUCUGGCGUCGCGUCCCCGCGCGCUCUGAGGGAUGUUAAACUUGGAUUCUCGUUAGGGUUUGGCUUCCUGUUUGAAUGCGGGCUCACCGGGAGGAGGAUCCAAUACGUGUGUGUAGUUCAUCGAUUUCAUUUAGGGCCUUAGGGGUUAAAGGCUCCAGGCGUGGUAUGCCUCUUAUGAGGUUUGCCUAUGCGUUCCUUUGCAUCAAUGAACUGGCACGCGAUACUGUAAUGCUGUUAACUUGGCCUUGCUAUCUCUUAUUGAGUCUUCUCGGUGCAUCAGUUAACACAAUACACUGUAUAAGUUCACAGAUCACUGAUGCUCGCAGUGCUUCUUCAUUGGAUUCAGUAUUGCUAAUUGCUCAACUCCACUUCUCAAUUUUGGAUGUUAUAAGUGGUAUUCAUUUUAAAAGUUUGUGUUGCCCAAAUUUGGGCAUUUGCUCAGUUCAACUAUUCUUAUAGUAUUGUAAGUUACCCUAUGAACCUCGAUGCCAUUAAAAACGUAUUUUGAUUUUGCAUCUUGAAAGUUCUGAACUUUGGUUAUUGUCAAUGCAGCAAGAAAUGUACUUUCAUUUUUUCUGCAUUUGUGGUCACCGUAGAACAAGGAGAAAAGAAAAUAAAUACUCCCAAGGAGAGAAAAGGAAAAGCUCCUUUUGAACCUAGUUUCUGUACAACUUUUCUGGUAUUGGUUCUGAAUGUACCACGAGGCUCAUAAUAAUGAUGGCAACAAAUGGAUAUUGAAUACACGUUUUGGCAAAUGGUUCAUCUCUGUACUUCACCAAAACUAUCAGCACACCAAAUAUCACAAGCAAACAAAGAACCAGUGGGCUCGGGAUGAUCCUGCAUUUGUUGUCAUUCUGAUUCUUUUCCUCGUGUUCGCAACAUCAGCUUACUGUGCAGCGUAUGGAGAGAGUGCCUCACAUGCUGCUCUAACAAUCACUUCGGUUGUGUUCUUCCAUUUCUUGUUUGCUGGGAUAGUUUUGGCCACACUUUGCUGGUUUCUUACAAAUUCUUACUUGAGAGAGGAACCUAACAGCCAUGUUGUUGAGCAACGUGUGGAGUGGCUCUAUGCAUUUGAUGUUCACUGUAACUCGUUCUUUCCUGCAUUUGUCAUCCUAUAUGUGCUUCAAUAUUUUCUGUCACCUCUAUUGGUCGCGCAUGGCUUCUUUCCAGCUCUUUUAUCGAAUCUACUCUUUGUGGUGGCAAUUUCUUAUUAUCACUACCUGAACUUUCUAGGAUAUGAUGUUCUUCCAUUUUUGGACAGAACAACAUUCUUCCUGUACCCAAUUGGUCUUGUCAUCAUCCUGUCCCCACUUAUGAUACUAAUAGGGUUCAAUCCGACAAGAUACUUUCUAAGCUUGUACUUCGGUUAAGCCCGACAGCUAUAUUGCUGAGUACAAGAAAAAUAUGGUGGCAGGACUAAUGGCAUAUUUGGAUACAAUACUUUCUGAAGUAGUAGCAGUUUAGAUCUCUUGUAUGAACUGGGGUGAGCGAGGUUCAGAAAAGCUCAGAGCAUUGUUUGGAUGUAUCAGGUGCCCGUGGCAGGCCAGCAUAGAAGACUAGAGCCUUUUGAUUGAUAUCUAUAUCCCUUUUUGAUGUCAACUUGUUCAUAAUAUGAGCUGUUUUCUUUGGUUUGGGCCAGUGACCAGUGUAUAAUUCUAGUGGGAACUACAGUGUUGUACAUCACUUUGGCAUCAGGGUUGCACGUAUCACGCUCUACAUCAGUCGUCCCUUGCAAGUUUAUUGUUUCACAUGCUGGUAUCUCGCCAAAGUCCUAACCAUGGUCGGCGCUUGUAUUAAGUUCGUUCCUUUGUUCUUUGGCAACAUAAAAUUUUAUCCUUUUGGAAUGUUACUAGGCUAA